GUUGCAUCUCUUUUAUACGCCUUUCUCCCCCCUCUGCUCUGCCCUCUCCUCUAUUUCGUGCGAACUCCUCGGCUUUCCGUCCCCAAUUUUCUCUCUCCUCUCUGUCUCUCUCAAACUAUUGGCGAAAACAAUCGUACCAAAAUUAACAACCUUUGUUAAUUCUUGAUUCCAUGAGAUUCAUUCACAAAUUCCUCAAUCGUUGCAGAAAUUCCUCACCAAAAGCCCUAAUUUCUUGAUCCCUUUCUUUGAGAUUAUUUUUCUUGCUUGCAGUUGAUGGAAAAUGGCUGUUCAGAUGGAUAUACCUUCAGAAAUUUCUCCUAGGGAGCGUGCUCAGCGUCUUUACAACAAGAAUGUCGAGCUGGAAAAUACCCGACGUAAGUCUGCGCAAGCCAGAAUUCCUUCAGAUCCUAAUGUAUGGCAACAACUUCGAGAGAACUAUGAAGCCAUAAUACUUGAAGAUCUUUCCUUCUCUGAGCAGCAUGAAAUCGAGCUUGCUUUAUGGCAGUUGCAUUACAGGCGAAUAGAAGAACUGCGGGCGCUUUAUAAUGCAACUCUUUCUUCGAAUGUCUCUUCUGCAACCCGAAAUGGAAAUGCUGCUCCUGCACGUCCUGAUCGGCUUGCGAGAAUACGCUCUCAGUUUAAGACCUUUCUUUCUGAGGCGACAGGAUUCUAUCACGAGCUCAUGUUGAAAAUUAGGGCAAAGUAUGGGCUAUCUCUUGAUUAUUUCUCAGAUGAUCCAGAUAAUCAGAUUUUGCUUUCGGAAGAUGGGCAAAGAAUCACUGAUAUGAAGAAUAGCUUGAUAUCUUGCCACCGCUGCUUGAUUUACCUUGGUGAUCUUGCUCGCUAUAAAGGUCUAUAUGGGGAUGGUGAAUCCAAAAGUCGAGAUUUUGCUGCAGCCUCUAGUUAUUAUGUGCAAGCAUCUUUAAUGUGGCCAUCUGGUGGUAAUCCACACCAUCAGCUUGCUAUAGUGGCUGCGUAUCAUGGUGAUGAAUUGGCUGCAACCUAUCGUUAUUUUCGUAGUUUGGCUGUUGAAAGUCCUUUUACAACGGCAAGGGAUAAUCUUAUCAUUGCAUUUGAGAGGAAUCGUCAGAAUUAUUCACAACUACUAGAGGAUUCUAAAACUUCGACAACUAAGGCAGCUAUAUCACGGGUGUCCGGGAAAGGGAAAGGAAGAGGCGAAGCAAGGUCUUUUGUAAAAGAAAACAGAUGUCAAUCUAGUCCAAGUAAAGAAAAGGCACCUAGCAUCCCAGAAACUUUUAAAGCAUUUUGCAUUAAGUUUGUCAGAGUAAAUGGCAUAUUGUUUACCCGUACAAGUCUGGAAACCUUUGCUGAUGUGUUGUCGAUGGCCAAGAAUGAUUUUUUGGUGCUUCUUUCAUCUGGGUUGGAAGAGCAAUACAGUUUUGGGUCAGAUGCUACUGAAUGUGGACAUGUUAUCGUCAGGCUGGUGGCCAUUCUCAUAUUUACAGUGCACAAUGUGAAAAGAGAAUCUGAGAGUCAGUCAUAUGCAGAGAUCUUGCAGCGUUCGGUCCUUCUCCAAAAUGCAUAUACUGCAAUUUUUGAGUUCAUGGGACAUAUUGUUAAGCGAUGCCUGCAGUUACAUGAACCUUUGUCAAGUUAUCUAGUGCCUGGAGUUUUAGUGUUUGUAGAAUGGUUAGCUUGCCAUCCAGAUGUUGCGACUUGCAGUGAAGCAGGGGAAAAGCAAUCUAGUGCUAGAAUUUUCUUUUGGAAUUCCUGUAUCACUUUCUUUAACAAGCUGUUGUCAAGUGGGUUCUUUUCUAAUGAUGAAGAUGAGUCAUGCUUUUCCAACAUGAGCAAGUAUGAAGAAGGUGAAACUUCCAAUCGUCUGGCUCUAUGGGAGGACUUUGAGUUGAGGGGAUUUCUGCCUCUACACGCUGCACACCAAAUCCUAGACUUCUCUAGGAAGCAUACUUUUGGAAAUGGAAAUAAUGGCGGAGUUAGGGAGAAAACAACUCGCGUCCUGCGGAUAAUAGCUGCUGGCAAGAUCUUUACUGGUGUUGUUGGGAUCGGGCAGCAGGGUGUUCAUUUUGAUUCUGACUUGAAGAAAUUUGUUCUUGGGGUUGAGGCACAAUUAUGUCCUGAAGCCUCACCUGAAACACUGAUGUCAAAAGUCACGGGUCAAGAAAUGUCAAGUGAUAAGAAAUCGAGUCCGAGAGUUCUUGGACCAGUGAAGAUGGUCGAGUUAGAGGAUGAGGAAGAAGUUAUUGUUUUUAAGCCCUCAGCUGCAGAUAAACAAUUUGAUACUGGGUUUCAAGCUUUAACUUCUUGUGAGGAUCUUGGGCUUGUUGCUAAUAUGUCUGGUGGAGAUCUGGGACUUUAUGACCGGCCUGUGUCAGUAUCACCAAAUGGAAACCUUUUCAAUGGAGUUUUCCCAAAUGGAAUCCUUCAGAAUGGUCACGAGACUCAUACCGCAACAUUGAGACCUUCUAUUUCUGUUUCUAAUGCUUCCUCCCAACAUAUGCAACCUAUUCAACUCCCUACUUCUGGUUGGCUGUCGGAGCAGCAGGCUUCUGUGAUGAGUGGGUUUAGGAAUUUGAACCUGAUGGAUAAUGGCCUUCUGAUGAACCAAAUGCCUUCUGAGAAUUUUACUCCUUUGCAAUCUACUGCCUUAUCGCUUCCGUUCACGCAUGCUGUCAAUCUCAAUACUAGUAAUGGAUAUCCAGUGCAGAUUUCAGAAGCUAGCAUGCCAUCUAAGACUGACUUUAUUAUAUCAUCUGGUCCUGAUUUGAACGUUUCCACUAUCAAGUCUCAUUCAGUCUUCCCAGUUGGUUCUCGAAAAAAUCCUGUCAGUCGGCCCAUCAGACGUGUAGGCCCUCCUCCAGGUUUUACACCUGCUACUCCUAAAUGCGCUGAUGAUCCUCAGAUUGAGCCUGGUGUGAAGGAUGAAAACCCAAUGAUGGAUGAUUAUAGUUGGCUAGAUGGAUAUAAGAUGCCGUCCUCAACAAAGCAAGACAUGGGGUUUGACAUCUGCACCAAUCUCAACGGAGCUUUGUAUAACCACGUUGGCAAGUGGAAUGACACACCAGGGUCAAUAAGCUUUCCUUUUCCUGGAAAACAGGUUUCAGCUAUCCGAGCCCCAGUUGAGAACAAUGCACUUUGGCAAGACUACCAGUUUCCUGAUGGUCUUAAUUUCUGUGAGCAGCAGCAGCAGAAAGGAAAUCAGCAGGCAAUGCCAUUUUUACAGCAGUUUCAAGGUCAAUCUUUGUGGGAAGGUCGUUUUCAGGUGUGAAACCCAUGUCAAAGAUUUUUGGAGAAUCUACUGAGGUGAUUAACCGCAAGCAGAUGCUACAGUUUCUGCAUCCUGCUUCGGUCCUGCAUUGAUAUUAAGUUUUGUUGAAGCUUGAGUGAUCUUGGGAGUGUUGCAGGCCCCUGCUUUUGGAACAGGUGCCGAGGUAUCCAGGAUGGGAUGGAUGGAGUCAAUGGACAACUAGAAAGAUAUCAUUGCAAAUAUUCAAGGGUUAGUGCUAGUCUGGCUGAAUGGAUGGGGGUCUGUCUCUUUUAGAUCUGGAUGUGGUUGGAGCGGCUUAUGAUGCUGAAUAAGUGUUAGCUUACUCUACUAGGCCUUGAAUCGAUGAUACGAAAAUAUGGGAUGUUAGUAGGCGCUGCAAAAACCACCAGUAAGAUCAGUCGAGGAAGCUGAUUUAUGUGGUGGUGGUAUCUGGGCGAUUGAUUUUGGGCAGCCAGUUUCUACAUAGUUUCAUUUCUUUUUUUUGAAGCUGAAAGAUUAAAAUAAACCCAGGUGUGCAAUCGCGUUAUGGCGUUUGUAACUGUGUGGGGGGUACUCUUAAUAAUGAUUGGUGAUUUGAGUAUGUUUGUCAUACCAGACUUUGUGUUGAGAUUUUCCUUUUUAUUUAUUUUUAUUUUUAUAUAUAUAUAUAUAUUUUUCAA